GAGAGCAUUCGCGGGAGCAUACGGGGAGCAGGAAUAUACAGAGGCAUGGGAACAUACAGGGGAGCAUUCGCAGGAACAUACAGAGGAGCGAGAACAUACAGGGGAGCACUCGUGGGAACUUAUAGAGGAGUGAAAACAUACAGGGGAGCACAUACAGGGGAGCGCUCAUGGGAACUCACAAGGGAAUGUUCAGGACACUCGGAAGAACAUACGACAGUGGAGCACUCAGAACAUACGACGGUGGAGCACUCAGAACAUAUGGAAGAACAUACA